AUGUCAUUUAAAUCUGGAUUCAAUAAUUUUGUGGCGAAAUCUAGAGAUGCGAUCAAUAAUGUAGGAAGUAAUAAUAAGGAGGAAAAACAAGCUACUCCGACCACGGUGACAACCAACAAUAGUACUCCCACCUAUACCAAUACUACAACCAAUAGUAACAAUUACUCUGCACCCAGACCACCAGUUCAGAAGACUCCACCACCUCCACCACCUUCACAACUUAAACAACAACAACAACAACAUCAACAACCAUCGCAACCACAAUAUCAACAACAACCAUCACAGCCAUCACAACCGCAACAAUUACAACCUAUUUAUCCAUCUUUAUAUAAACAACCAUCAAAUUCUACACUUCAGCAGCAACAGCCUGUUCAACAACAACCUAUUCAACAACCAAACAAUAAUGCAGCUGCUGCUCCAGUUAGACCAAAAGUUCCAUUGUCAAAACCUCCACCUUCUUUGACAAAUUCAUCAACGUAUAAAAGUCCAGCACAAGUACAACAACAACCAGUGGUGGCCAGCCAACAAACACCAUCAGCACCACCAAGACCACAAAAACCAAAACCAGCACUUCCAUUAAACCCAAUUCAACUUCAGCAACAACAACAACAACAACAACAACAACAACAACAACAACAACAACAACAACAACAACAACAACAAUAUCAACAAAAUGAAUAUGUAUAUCAAUCAUCACAACCAGUUAUUAGCUUAGAGAAAUCAUAUCAACCACAAGUACAACAAUCACUACCAACUUAUAAUCAAUAUGAUCAAAACAAUCAAUAUUAUAAUAAUGAUCAUCAGUCCAAUCAAUAUAAUCAAAGUUCACCUAAUAAUCAUGUUGUUAGUUUAGAAAAGUCAAGUACACCACCAACAAGCUACUCGCCACAACACCAACAGGAUGGAGCAUCGGAAUAUUAUCAACAUCAUCAACAGGCAGUGGCGACUUACAAUCAAAACAACACACCAAAAGAAAAGAGCUCACUCUCAUCCAGUCUCUCAAAGACAAAGAAUAGCAUUGAUACACACUCUAGAAUCGCAAUGACAUCGAUUGGUGCUGGCGAUGCAACGGUGUUGGCCAACUACCCAGAGUUACUACUCACCAAUCCAAUGUAUGUUGCAACACUCCAAUACACCGAAAUCAUAUUGGAGAUCGACGAUAUCAAGUUGAAACCAUGUAUACUAGGUCAGAAAGAGCAUCCAGUUGUCAAAGACACCAAGUUGAUCAUCUACAAAACAGUGGUGGAAGACACCAUCAUCCUUCAGCUGGGAUACAUCUAUAUCUAUACCAAUUUCAAAGAGAAAUGUGCAUGUAGAAUCUAUCCACAUCAUUAUUUAAUCUCUGAUAACUUUAAUAAUUAUUUUAUAUUGAAAUUACCAAAGAAUACACCACAGGAAUCAUUGGAUAAAUUGGAAGUAAUUUUUACAUUCUAUACAAGUUAUUUCAGAACACCAAUGAAAGAGGGUUACAACGAUAGGACAGCACAAAAGAUGGACAAAGCAACUACAAAGUUGGAAAAAGGUAGUCUUGUGGUUUCGAAAGGUUUGGUGACCGGUGGAACCUACUUUGCAAAAGGUGCGUCAAAAGUAGGUGAGUUCUACAAGAACAAUACAAAGAAAUACGAAGGACCAGAGAUGACAGAGGAACAGAGAAGAGAACUAGAGGAUCCCGACAGCGAAGCGAACAAAUCAAAGAGAAACGCAGAGAAAAUGGCACAGGGAUCGAGCAGUGUCAAGAAAGGAAUUGUAUCGGCAUUUGGUGUUGUCGGCAGCAAGGCGUCGGAGGGCGUUAGAAAGACCGAUUGGUACAAGGAGCGUGAAGAAAAGAAGAAGAAAGAAGAGGAAAUGUAUGGAAAGAACGAAAAGAAGCAAGCCGGUGCCAGUAUGGGGUCGGCAGGAAUCAGUGCCAUCACCAAUGUUUGGGGUGGUCUGGAGGAAGGUGUUUUAAUCUCGGCGAGAGGUGUGAGGGAUGCUUCAGUCGAUGCCACCAAACACAAACACGGUGAAUACGAAUCGGAACUCUCGAGAAAGAAAUGGGAUUCCGCUGGAAGCUGUACGAUUUCCGUUGUCAAUAUCAUGUCGAUCGUCUCUACCACUUGGAUCAAGGGAGCGCUCUAUGCUGCUGCCGGUGCCAUUACAUACGAUCCUGACAAAGCACAAAACUUGACCGGCGCCUACUGGAAAGCGGGAUGGGUUGUUCAGAAAUCGGAUUUGCUGUCCGGAAGCAAUUGGGCGCCGCGUUGGAUGGUCCUGAGAAAUCCGACAAUCGCGCUGUACUCAUCACCACUCGAUCCAAGCGAGAAACCAAUCUCUAGCUACUAUAUCAACAAAGUCAAAGGUGUAAAGAAACUGAAUGAGGAACGUGUGAAUCGUGCCUAUGGAUUUGAAGUGGUCACAAGUGGUCAUUCACUCUAUUUCUCAACCUACACACCAGAAGUCGAUUGGUCCGGUGAAAUCAUAAAACCACCAUCACCAGAAACCGAGCUAAUGCAAUGGAUUGAUAGUAUUAUAAAUGUAUCAACAUUCAUUGGUGAGAAUAUGUAA